GCUAGGUCAAGAUGUCCAAGAAACCAGACCCUGGCAACAGCAACACGGUCCUCCUCGUAAACAACGACUUCAAAUACAGCAGCGUGGCUCCGGCAGACUGGUCCGCUAAAAGGAUGGUGUGGGUCCCGUCAGAGAAAGAUGGGUUUCAGCCUGCCAGCAUCAAGGAGGAAAAAGCUGACGAGAUCCUGGUUGAGCUGGACAAUGGCUCCAAGGUAACCGUCCACAAGGAUGACAUCCAGAAGAUGAACCCCCCCAAGUUCAGCAAAGCAGAGGACAUGGCAGAACUGACCUGUCUGAAUCAGGCCUCUGUGCUCAACAAUCUCAGGGAGAGAUACUUCUCAGGACUCAUAUAUACCUACUCAGGCCUGUUCUGCGUGGUGGUCAACCCAUACAAAAUGCUCCCCAUCUACUUGGAGCAGGUCAUUGAGAUGUACAAAGGAAAGAAACGCCAUGAGGUGCCGCCCCAUGAUGCAGGGUGAGAACCACUUCUUGCUGAGAGAGACAUUAAUGUGGUCUGGCUUCAGUGACCAUGUGAUACUAAAUACAAAGAGUGGAGGAGACAACGUGAGGACCAGUCUGUCCUUUGCACCGGGGAGUCUGGAGCCGGGAAGACCGAGAACACCAAGAAAGUCAUCCAGUACCUGGCCGUGGUGGCUUCAUCGCACAAAAGCAAAACGGAAGCAGGCUCACUAGAGAAGAAGCUACUGCAGACAAAUCCCAUUCUGGAAGCUUUUGGAAACGAAAAAACCAUCAAAAAUGAUAAUUCUUCACGAUUUGGCAAAUUCAUUAAGAUAAACUUUGAAUGGCUGGUUGGUGUCAAUAUUGAAACCUACCUACUGGAGAAGUCCAGGUGUGUUCGCCAGGCCAAGGUCGAGAGGUCCUUCCAUAUCUUCUACCAAAUGUUAGCUGGAGCAAAGGACAAAAUGCAUGAGGAACUGGUGCUGGAGGAGUUCAGUAAUUACCGUUUCCUGGUAGCAGGACACUUGAAGGUUCAGGGUCAGCAAGACCACGAGUUGUUUAACGAGACUCUCGAGGCCAUGGAGGUCCUGGGCUUCAGCGAAGAUGAGAGAAUAGGGAUGCUGAAAGUGUGCUCCACUGUACUACAGCUGGGAAACAUAGAGUUCAAAAAGGAGAAGAACCAGGAGCAGGCCAGUAUGCUGGAUACCACAGCUGCCCAGAAAGUGUGUCACCUGCAGGCCAUCAACCUAACCGACUUCAAGAAAGCCAUCCUCACACCUCGCAUAAAGGUGGGCCGGGAAAUGGUGCAGAAGGCUCAGACCAAAGAGCAGGCUGGCUUUGCCAUUGAGGCCCUCGCCAAAGCCAUGUAUGACCGCCUGUUUCGCUGGGUCCUGGCCCAUGUCAACAAGACUCUGGACAAGACCAUGCGCCAAGGAGUUUCUUUCAUAGGCAUCUUAGACAUUGCGGGCUUUGAGAUUUUCGAGGACAACUCGUUUGGGUAGCUGUGUAUCAAUUACACCAACGAGAAGCUGCAGCAGCUGUUCAAUCACACCAUGUUCGUGCUGGAGCAGGAGGAGUACCAGCGUGAGGGCAUUGAGUGGAGCUUCAUCGACUUUGGCCUGGACCUGCAGCCCUGCAUCGAGCUGAUUGACAGGCCGAAUAACCCCCCUGGUAUCCUGGCCCUGCUGGAUGAGGAGUGCUGGUUCCCCAAAGCCACCGAUGUUUCUUUUGUGGAGAAGCUCACAAACAACCACUCAAGCCACUCCAAGUUCUGCAAGCCAAAGAACGCAAAGGACAAGACCUUCUUCACUGUGCAGCACUAUGCUGGGAAGGUGGAUUACAAUGCCCAUGCCUGGCUAACAAAGAACAUGGACCCACUCAACGACAAUGUCACCACCCUGCUGAGCAAUUCCACCAACCCAUUUGUGCAAGAACUCUGGAAAGAUGUGAAUCAUGUGGUGGGCCUGGAGACCAUGGCUAAGAUGUCUGACAGCUCGAUGCCCUCGGCCUCCAAGUCAAAAGGGCAGCUGUAUAAGGAGUCUCUGGGCAAACUGAUGACCACUCUCCACAACACACAACCCAACUUCAUACGCUGCAUCAUCCCAAACCAUGAAAAGAGGUCAGGGAAGCUGGACGCUCGCAUGGUUCUGGAACAGCUGCGGUGUAACGGCGUACUGGAGGGCAUUCGUAUUUGCCGACAGGGUUUCCCCAACCGCAUCGUCUUCCAUGAGUUCCGGCAACGCUACGAGAUCCUGGCUGCCAGCGCAAUCCCCAAGGGCUUCAUGGACGGCAAACAAGCAUGCACCCUCAUGGUCAAACAUCUGGAUCUGGACCCCAACCUGUACCGCAUCGGUCAGAGCAAGAUGUUCCUCCGCACGGGAGUGUUAGCCCAGCUGGAGGAAGAGCGAGACCUCAAACUCACCGUCAUUAUCAUCGCCUUCCAGGCCAAGGUGCAGGGCUUCCUCACCAGAAAGUGCUUCUAUCCGUCACAGCAGCAGCUCAUUGCCAUGAAAGUGAUCCAGAGAAACUGUGUCGCCUACCUAAAACUGAAGAACUGGCAGUGGUGGAGGCUCUUGACCAAAGUCAAACCUCUGCUGCAAGUGACCCGACAGGAAGAGAAAAUGAGUCAAAAGGAGGAGGAGCUUCAGAAGGCUAAAGAUGUGGCUCAGAAGGCUGUAGCGGAGCUGAAGGAGAUCAAUCAGAAACAUGCACAGCUACUGGAGGUGCAGGACCGGCUGCAGGAGAAGCUGCAGAUGGAGGCGGAGCUGCAUGCAGAGACCGAGGAGAUGAGGAUACACCUGGGGGCCAAGAAGCAGGAACUGGAGGAAGUCCUGCGUGAGAAGGAGGCGCGGUUGGAGGAAGAGGAGGAGCAUGGCCAGAACCUCCAGCAGGAAAAGAAGAAAAUGCACCAGCAGCUGCAGGACGUAGAGGCACGUUUGGCAGAACAGGAAGGGUCCAUGCAGAAGCUCCAGCUGGAGAAGGCUGCAGCUGAUGGAAGGAUUAAAACACUGGAGGGUGAUAUCCUUGUCAAGGAGGACCAAAACAACACGCUGCAUAAGGAGAAGCAGGAGCUUGAGGAGCGCCUAGCGGACUUGACCUCCAGCCUCAGCGAAGAGGAAGAAAAAUCAAAGAACCUCACCAAACUUAAGAAUAAGCAUGAGUCCAUGAUUUCAGAGCUUGAAGUGCAACUGAAGAAGGAGGAGAAGCUCUGUCAGGACUUGGUGAAGGCAAAGCGGAAGCUGGAGGCUGAGCGCUCCAGCCUGCAGGAGCAGAUCUCAGUGGUGCAGGCCGAGUGCGCCGAGCAAAAGGCCCGGCUCGCUGCCAAGGAGGACGAGAUGCAGGCCCUGCUGACACGUCUGGAGGAGGAGUCUGCUCAGAAGAACAGCACCAUGAAGAAGAUCCGUGAGACGGAGGGGCUGGUUGCUGAGCUGCAGAAGGACCUGGAGAAUGAGCGAGCCACCCGCACCAAGGCCGAGAAGGCCAAGCGAGAGCUGGGAGAGGAGCUGGAAGCCCUGAGGUCUGAGCUGGAGGACUCCCAGGACACCCUCGCAACUCAGCAGGAGCUCUGUGUCAAAAGGGAACAGGAAGUGGUAAUGUUCAGGAAGACGAUGGAGGAGGAAUGGCGGAGCCGCGAGGCUCAGCUGCAGGAGAUGAGGCCGAAGCACGCUCACGCUGUGGACGACCUCAGCGAGCAGGUGGAACAGGCGAAACGGGCAAAGGCUAGCCUGGAGAAGGCCAAGCAGACCCUGGAGAAGGAGGCAGCAAAUCUAAGCACAGAGCUGCACUCACUGUUCAACGCCAGACAGGAUGCCGAACACAAGAGGAAAAAGGUGGAGGGCCAGCUGGCAGACCUGCAGGGCCGGUUCAACGACAGCGAGAGACAGAAAGCAGAGCUGGGAGAUCGGGUUUUCAAACUCACUUCCGAGCUUGACAAUCUCACGGUUCUCCUGAAUGACGCAGACAAUAAGAACAGCAGACUGAGUAAAGAUGUAUCCAGUCUCAGCUCACAGCUCCAGGAUGCCCAGGAGCAGCAAGCUGAGGAGAGUCGUCAGAAGCUGAAUGCUCUAAACCACCUGAGGCAGGCGGAGGACGACCGGAACAAUCUGCUGGGGCAGGUGGAGGAGGAGGCUGAGGCCAAGCGUAACAUGGAAAGACUCCUCCACUCUCAGCACACAGACGCGAAGAAAAAACUGGCCAGGUUCUCCAGCAGCAUGGAGCUUCUAGAAGAGACGAAGAAGCGACUGCAGAGAGACCUGGAGGCAGCCAGCUCGGCGCUGGAGGAGAAGGGUGCCGCCUGCGACAAGCUGGAGAAGAGCAGGAACCAGCUGCAGUUGGAGCUGGAGGACGUGCUGGUGGACCUGAACAACCAGAGACAGCUGAUCUCAAACCUGGACAAAAGGCAGAGGAAAUUCGACCAGAUGCUGGUGGAGGAGAAGGCCGUCUCCUGCAGGAACGCCGAAGAACGUGACCAAGCCGAGGCUGAGGUCAGAGAGGGCGAGAGCAAGGCGCUGGCCAUGGCUCGAGCUCUGGAAGAGACCAAGCUCUCCCUGGAGGAGGUGAAGAAGCUCAACAAAAGCCUGCACAUGGAGAUAGAUGCUCUGAUCCACUCAAAGGAUGAUGUGGGCAAGAAUGUCCAUGAGCUAGAGAAGGCCAAGCGCUUGCUGGAGACUCACAUCCUUGAGGUGAAGACCCAGGUGGAGGAGCUGGAGGAUGAGCUCCAGAUGGCGGAGGACGCCAAGCUCCGGCUGGAGGUGAACGUGCAGGUCCUGAAGACCCAGUUUGAGAGGGAGCUCCAGGACAGGGAUGAGCAGGAAGACGAGAAGCGGAGACAGCUGGUCAAGCAGUUAUGCGAGAUGGAGACGCAGCUGGAAGAUGAGCGCAAGCAGAGAAUCACUACCAAGAAGAGGCUGGAGAGUGAGGUGAAGGAUGUGGAGGAGCAGGUGGAGGUUCUGAGCAGGAGCAGGGACGACGCGGUCAAACAGCAGCGCAAAGCUCAGGCCCAGGUUAGAGACACCCAGAGGGAGCUGGAGGAUUUCUGCACAGCCCACAAGGAGGCGCUGUCGAGCGCAAAAGAAACUGAAAGGAGGACCAAAACCCUGGAGGCUAAUAUUAUGCAUUUACAAGAGGAGCUAGCAGGGGCGGAAAGAGCUCGAAAGCAAGCAGAAAUGGAGAGGGAUGAGCUGGUAAAAGAGCUGGCUGGCAGCCCUGGGAAGUCAAUAUUGUCAGAAGAGAAGCACCGCCAGGAGGGACGGGUCACCCACCUGGAGGAGGAGCUAGAGGAGGAGCAGGGCAACGUGGAGUCCCUGAACGACAAGCUGAGGAGGAGCAUCCAGCAGGUGGACCAGCUGAGUGUGGAGCUGCAGGUGGAGCGGGCCAUGUCACAGAGGAGUGAGGGUGCCCGGCAACAGCUGGAGAGGCAGAACAAGGACCUGAAGACCAAGUUGCAGGAGGUGGAAGGACAAGCCAAAUCAAAACUGAGGGCCUCUAUCACCACCCUAGAGGUCAAACUGCACCAUGUUGAGGACCAGCUGGAGCAGGAGAUCAGGGAGAGGCAGGGUGCAGCCAAAGCCCUACGUCAGAAGGACAAGAAGCUGAAGGACCUGACCAUUCAGAUGGAGGAUGACCGAAAACAGGCUGAGCAAUACAAGGACCAGGCGGAGAAGGCAAACGUGCGGGUGAAGCAGCUGAAGAGGCAGGUGGAGGAGAGUGACGAGGAGUCCCAGUGGGCCGCGGUGGGACAGAGGAAGCUGCAGCGGGACCUGGGUGAGGCCAUGGAGGCCCACGACGCCCUGAGCAGAGAGCUGUCCUUUCUCAGGAGCAAACUCAGGUUGUUCUGCGGUGAUCCCUUUCUGUGA